AUCGGAUGUAAAUAAGGUAACUAUUCGAGCGGGAACAAGCGAACUCGGGACAGGUGGUGUGGAGAUUAAGGCUUCAGCUUUAUAUACCCAUCCUCAAUUUGAUCCUAAUGCCAUUGAUUAUGACAUAGCUUUAAUCAGACUUGCUUCACCACUUACUUUUGGCCCGAGUAUAUCUGCAAUUUCUCUUGCGAAUAGGAGAGUUCCUGACGGAACAUCGGCUGUCGUUUCCGGUUGGGGAUUUUUAGCAGGUGGUAAUAAUAAUACUAACCCAAAACAAUUACAAAAAGUUGCAAUACCAGUUGUAAGCGACAGCGAAUGUCUUGAUUUUACUGAAAGAAGGAUAUGUGCAGGAUACAGUAAUGGAAACCAAGGCCCUUGUGUAGGUGACUCUGGGGGUCCUUUGGCUGUAGGAAAUACCCUCAUCGGUAUUGUUUCGACGGGCCAAGGUUGCACUGGAAUAUCCGUUUUCUCCAACGUUGCCAAUCUUCAUAGUUGGGUAACAUCAGUGGCGGGAGUUUAAAAUACCUGUGUACGUUUUCUAAAUGGAGAAUAUAUUUUCAACAAUAAUUGUUCCUGAUCAUGUAAAUAAUCAAGUUCAUACCAAAAAUAAAAGUAACACGCUCUGAAU